UGGAUAUCCAGCUGCCUCUCUCACAUCCUAUUUUUGCCCCCUCCACCUUCCUCUCUCCCUCCUUCCCUUCAUUCUUAGCAGCACCAAGAUCGGCUCACUUCCAUCAUCACUAGCUAGUUAGCUAGGCAGCAAUCCGACUAAGCUCCUACCGCACCAAUGGCCUCCACCGCCACCUUCAUGUCCACCCUUGCCAGCUCCACCGCCACCGCCAGCCUAAACACCGCACCGUCCGGCGGCAACAGCGGCAAGAUCGUCAGGUUCUUGCCGGCGUCGUCGGCGAAGAGUAGCCGCAGCCGGCACACCGUGCUCUGCCCUCCGAGGGCGGCGGUCUCCGGCACGGAGAAGGCGCAGCCGGCGCCGUCCUCUGGCAAGGGCAAGAGCAGGGACGAGCGCGUGGUGCAGGUGCACAGCAUCGAGGAGUUCGACGGCGCGCUGAAGGCGGCCAAGAACCGUCUGGUGGUGGUGGAGUUCGCGGCGAGCCACAGCGCGAGCAGCGGCCGCAUCUACCCGACCAUGGUGGAGCUGAGCCGCACGUGCGGCGACGUGAACUUCCUGCUGGUGAUGGGCGACGAGUCGGAGGCGACCAAGGAGCUGUGCCGCCGGGAGGGCAUCACGCAGGUGCCCCACUUCACCUUCUACAAGGGCGCUGAGAAGGUGCACGAGGAGGAAGGCAUCGGCCCCGAGCAGCUCGCCGGCGACGUGCUCUACUACGGCGACAGCCACCAGGCGGUGGUGCAGCUGCACUCGCGGAAGGACGUGGAGGCGCUCAUCGACGAGCACCGCGGCGAGAAGGGGAAGCUGGUUGUGCUCGACGUCGGGCUCAAGCACUGCGGGCCCUGCGUGAAGGUGUACCCCACCGUGGUGAAGCUGUCGCGGACCAUGGCCGAGACCACGGUGUUCGCGCGCAUGAACGGCGACGAGAACGACAGUUGCAUGGAGUUCCUCAAGGACAUGGAGGUCGUCGAGGUGCCCACCUUCCUUUUCAUUAAGGACGGCAAGAUCGCCGGACGUUACGUCGGCUCCGGCAAGGGGGAGCUCGUCGGCGAGAUCCUCAGAUACAGUGGCGUCAGGGUCACAUACUGAAGUGAACAACCAACCCCCAGUCUCCAACGUCAUGAAGCAGCAGCAUUACAAAGGAAAAUUCUAGUGGUACACACAUGAAUGGAGACCGAAUUGAAAAGAAGUGUAAAAUUACUGCGACAUCCAUCGAUGAUUGGUCGAUGUUUAGACUGUUUAUUUUGGAUCAUACUUUUCUGUCAAUCACAUGCUAUAGUAAUAGUACUACUUCAAUUUUUCCAUGCGUUUA